UCUCGACUAACUGAGAUGAUGAUAGGCAUUACGAGGAUAAGUACCCCGCCUUAAAAUCAGCUAGGACUUUGGUCGAUGCGGUCCUUUCUCAUGAAUCCCCCCAAAUGGAUAAGAAGUGAAUUUGUGCGAGAGGAGUUGAAUUCCCUUGCUCAGCUGUAUGGAUUGAAAGUAGAUUGGCCCCAGAGAACCAGAUCAAGCAGCCUUGCAACCUUAAAUAAGACGCAGGCCACAGUACCAGCGGAUGGAACAGCAGCAACACCAACACCAGCACCAGCGAUACCAGUCGAUGCAUCAAAAGAUUCAAAAGACGCAAGCCAUGCAAACGAUUCAACGGACCCAUCGAAAGAUGCGUCGAAAGCUGCUAAAGACGCAAGCGGUGGAAAAGAUCCGAAACAAAGCACCAACGAGCUUGAGAAACGGGAACGACUGUUCACGCGGGAAACCGUGAUCGGCGAUGAGGCCGCACAUUGGGUGGAAGUGACAUCUGCAGGCGGGGCCCCGGAGACUGAGAAAGGGUUGUCAUCCCUUGCGCAGGUCUCCCACGACCUCGUGGCCACCUGCGCUCUGCAGCAGCAGGAAAUCCUUCACCUGCAGCAGACAGUGGACCAGAUGCUCGCACGGCUGCAGGCGUUGGAGAAACAGCGAGCUGCUGUAGCAACCGCAGGGCCUUCCACCCUUACCACCCGUGUGCAAGUUUUGGAGGAUGACGUCAGCAACAUCAAGCGUGUGCAUCAGGACUUCCGGACGUCGCAGCAAGCAACGAACUUGCAGUUGGAGACGCAGGUCCAGGCUGCUGCCACCGUGACGCCUGCCUCCGCAUCCUCCCGGCGCCCACCCAAGCUGGAUGACAUUCCCGUCUUCUGCGAUCAGUCCAAGACGGAACCGAUCCCGUGGUGGCGCCAGUUUACUUUCAUGCUCGACAUGCACCAUGUCCCGAACAACGAUCGACAUCCGUGCUUGUACCACCGAUCUGGUGGUGCGUGUCAAGCAUGGCUGGACAACAUCUUGACCAGCCAUGGCGUAGCAGUGUCGGAACUGCACACCAAGCUCACUUGGCAGGAGUUGACCGACGCCUGGCACAAGCGAUUCCAAGUGGAUCCGCCCGACCUCCAAGCGAUGGACAAGCUCAACAAGCUCCAUCAGAACACGCUGCUCAGUCAGGACUGGAUUACCGAGUUCCAAAGACUCGCCUCCACACCCGACCUGCCGCUCGCAUUCCGCGCCAUUAAGCACUUGUUUAUCAUGCGCUUGUGUCCAGCUCUGCAAAACGUGUUGACGCAGAUUGCAGAGACACUCGACACAUCAAACAAGCUUUUCAGCACAGCGUCACGGAUCAUUCUCACGAAUAUCGAAGCCCGCAACGCCGCCGAUCUUCCGCAAUGACCAGUGGCACCCAGCCCAAGCCAAAGGUGGCUUGCAUUACUUC